AUGCUUACUUACAAUACAUUUAUGUAUAUAAAUCAUGCACAUAGCACCCUCGACGAUGAUUUCGAUCCUCCUCAACAUAAUUUUACUGAAAAGGAUUCAAGUAGAUUUCUGAGUUAUGAAGCUUUUGGAAGUUUUGCGGCAUUCGUCGAGGAAUGUAAAGCUACCACAAAACAACAACCUCAUGAAACUGGUAGAUCAUACCCAUGA